CCGAGCCGCCACCUUCCCCCCUUCCCUUUGCCUUUAUACUCGUCGAAGGAACUGAACUCCCUACCUCCGUCCUGCCUCGAGCAAUCCCCCUCUCCCUCCUUGUGAUCUCCGGGUUCCCGUCUCAGAUUCCCAGGUUCGAUCUUGAUCCCCAGCUAUCCCCACCUGCCUCUGCCGUCCUCGAAUCCUUCGUCGCAGAGGCGCCGCUUUUACCUCUUCUUGCCGCGAUUUGAGAAGAAGACUUUAUUGAUCUGAGCAAGUGUUCUUGGGCGGGAAGAAAGGAGCCAUGAUACCUGCUGUGAAGCUCUCUCCGGCCGCCUUCUCUGUCACCAAUCAACGGUCUAAAUCAGCUUUGGUUCCGUCGGUGUCCAUUCUCAACAUGAAACAAAUUGCCUCCUGCUCCCUUAGACCACUCUACCUCACACGGCUAGAUGACCCACACACUUCCGAGCUGAAGCCUCGGAGGCAGCUGCUUGACUUCAGGUGUGCAGCUUCAGCGGCUGAUGACAAGGAGUCGAAGGCUGAGGUGGUGCCAGCCAGCUCAGAAGCAGCACAAAAGUUGAAGAUCUCAAUCUAUUUUGCGACUUGGUGGGCGCUUAAUGUGAUCUUUAACAUCUAUAACAAGAAGGUUCUCAAUGCUUUCCCGUAUCCCUGGCUCACCUCCACACUAUCCCUCGCCUGCGGCUCAGCGAUGAUGCUCUUCUCAUGGGUCACCUGCCUAGUUGAGGCCCCCAAGACUGACUUAGAUUUCUGGAAAGCACUUUUCCCGGUUGCUGUGGCUCAUACAAUUGGACAUGUUGCUGCCACAGUGAGCAUGUCAAAGGUGGCAGUGUCAUUCACACACAUUAUCAAGAGUGCUGAGCCUGCAUUCAGUGUUUUGGUGUCAAGGUUCAUUCUCGGAGAGUCAUUUCCGAUGCCUGUAUAUCUUUCUCUUCUCCCGAUCAUUGGUGGUUGUGGUCUAGCUGCUGCGACAGAGCUGAACUUUAAUAUGAUUGGAUUUAUGGGUGCCAUGAUAUCGAACCUUGCAUUUGUUUUCCGCAACAUCUUCUCGAAGCGGGGCAUGAAAGGGAAGUCUGUCAGUGGCAUGAAUUACUACGCUUGCCUUUCAAUUAUGUCCCUGAUCAUACUCGCACCAUUUGCUAUUGCUAUGGAAGGCCCCCAAAUGUGGGCCGCUGGAUGGCAAAAGGCUCUUGCAGAUGUUGGCCCCAACGUUCUCUGGUGGAUUGGUGCACAGAGCGUUUUCUACCACCUGUAUAAUCAGGUGUCCUACAUGUCUUUGGACCAGAUUUCUCCAUUGACGUUUAGCAUUGGCAAUACAAUGAAGCGCAUAUCAGUUAUUGUUUCGUCAAUCAUUAUCUUCCGUACACCUGUCCGCCCUGUAAAUGCACUAGGAGCUGCCAUUGCCAUCUUUGGCACAUUCCUGUACUCUCAGGUUAAAGCUCCGUGUAUGUAGCAUUUAAUAUUUUUCACCACUCGAGCUUGUGCAUACAAUUAUGUGGCUCUCCUAUGGCCAUAGAGGUGCAGAGGCAAAGCAGUGAGGUUUAAACUAUUGUUGAAGGUCAGGUUCAUGGACGAAGAAUGUCUGCAGAAAUAGUACCAAGCAGUGGGGCAAAUUUUGCUUGUGCAAGUGUCUUGUAGAUAUAGGUUUAGGUUUUCAUGCGAGAGGCGAUAAUAAUAAUGGACCAUGUUGCUGUUUCCUUGUUAUUUGUUAAAUCGCAAACUGAACUCCAGUGGCCAUGAACUGUCGUUGUAUCCUGAAAUAAGAACUGCAUGGAAAUUCGUCUGACAGUUCCGUUGCUGGAAAGUAACGAUAGCCCUGUGCUUAACGGUAAAUUAUUGAUAUUUAAGAACUUUGUGUAUUUUGAAAGGCA